CAUUCAAUUUAAUUCUACGGGUCCCUGAAGUGUAUCUUUUCGUUUUCAGUGAAGAAUUAACAUAAAUCCAAGAUUCUUUUGUCUGAAGAAAUCUCCAAUCUCGUUUUCUGAUCAUCAUGGCACAGACGGUGGGAAGAAACGUAGCAGCGCCAUUGUUGUUUCUUAACUUGGUCAUGUACUUCAUCACUUUAGGGUUUUCUAGUUGGUGUCUCAACAAGUUCAUCAACCGCCAGACCAACCACCCAAGUUUUGGUGGCAACGGAGCGACGGAGUUCUUCUUGGAGUUUGCAAUCUUAGCUUCAGUUCUCGGAAUUGUCUCAAAGUUCGCCGGCGGCAACCACCUUAGGGCCUGGAGGAACGACAGCCUCGCCGCCGCUGGUUCAUCGUCCCUGGUUGCCUGGGCCGUCACUGUUCUUGCUUUCGGGUUGGCAUGCAAGGAGAUAAACGUGGGAGGGCAUAGAGGGUGGAGGCUGAGAAUAGUGGAAGCAUUCAUCAUAAUCCUGACGUUGACGGAGCUACUGUAUGUUUUAUUGGUGCAUGCGGGUCUUUACAGCAGCCGGUACGGACCAGGGUAUCGCGACACAGACUACGGCAUGGGGACACAUCCAUCGGAGACCGGUGCGAAAGGGACGACCGGAGUUGCUGGGACUAGGGUCUGAUCGUUAAUUCUAUAUAUGUAAUAAGUUAAAAGGAGUGGAUGAUGUUGUUGAACUUGGAUCUUUGAUGCGAUUUCGUUGUAUGUUUGUGUAAAUUGGAAUGCAUGUUGUUGGUAUUUAUUAACAAAAUGAACAACCUUUG